CUCUUUCAAGAUAUUUUUGAAAUCACCGACAUUGAUCCACAUGGCAAGAAAUUCGACAGAGUUUCUCGUAUAGUGGCAACAUCUGAAAACAUUGAUAUGGGUGUCACUCUUGAUAUCAAUACAGAGAUUUAUCCAUUGCGUCCAUCUGAUAAAUUCACUUUGGCACUGGCUUCAACACUCGCUCUGGAUGGCAAUCCUGUUGAUACGUCCAAAAAACAACCUUGGAGAGAUCCCAGUUUUGCCACGCCUUCAUCUGGAACAACUGGAAAAAAGUCUUUGGCGGAUGACUACGAUUAUGUCAUGUACGGUAAAGUUUACAAGUAUGAAGACGAGGGAGGUGCAAAAGUAUCUGUGUAUGCUUCGUUUGGCGGCUUGCUAAUGUGCCUUGCUGGGGAUUUUAGACAAUUGCAAAAUCUAAAUGUCGGUCAAUACAUUUAUCUGCUCAUGCGAAAAUAA